AUGGCACAAUCCCAACUAGAUUUGGGUUCUUGUGGAAUUCCCACUAAUUUUGAUUUGUUUCAUGUAUAUAAUCCUAAGUAUAAAUAUGAUAUUUUUGCGUUGAUGUCAACAAAACGACGAAAUGGAAUCAAAAAAAACUCUUCACCUCCUCGUCCACCGAAUGUGUUUUUUCUUUUUAAAAAUUGUUUUAUGUUGGAAAUUAAAUUUCAAUUCCCACAACUCUUCGAGAAACUAAGUAUGCCCACUUUAUGUAAGUACGUUAAAGAAAUUUGGCAAACUAUGCCAGAGAAGGAGAAAUCUAUAUAUAGAGAAUUUGCAGAGGAGGCACAAAGCAUUCAUAAUGAAAUUUAUCCGAACUAUAAAUAUAAACCUCGUAAAUAUACAAAA